AUGUUCUCUCUUCUGGUCCUUUUCAUGGGACUUGCUGGUCUGCAGGCAGGCCUCAAUCAUCAUAAAACAUUUCUGCAGAGCACGGUUCCUGAAAAGAUUUCAUCCACUGACACAGAAAGAGAUCCAGAAAAUAAUGUUGCUUAUAUGAUUACAAUAAAAGAAAAACCAUAUUUCGUUCAUCUCAAAAAGCAAUCAUUUUUAUCCCCCGUUUCUGUUGUUUAUUCUUAUGACAAAUAUGACACCCAGAAAACUAACAAUCCGUUUGAUCAGAUGGAUUGCAGUUAUUAUGGAUAUAUUGCAGGCAUUCCAAAUUCUCUUGUGUCACUCAGCACUUGUUCAGGACUCAGGGGAAUAUUGCAGUUGAAAAACAUCUCCUAUGGAAUCGAACCAAUGGAGGUUGCAUCAGGAUUCAUGCACAUGAUUUAUGAAGACAAAAAUUAUCACACUAACAUUUCUCUCUUAGGAAUCAGUGACAUUUAUAAUUCCAACUAUCAAUAUAGAAAAAGUUCAGAAAGAGUUGAAUUUUUCAAGUUAAUUCCUCAAUACCUUGAACUAUAUAUUGUUGUGGAUAAAAAUAUGUUUGAUUACAUGGGCUCUGAUAUAAAGGCUGUAACACAGAAGGUUAUUCAGAUAUUUGGACUUGUUAACACUAUGUUUAGUCAGUUAAAACUGACUGUUGUAAUAUCGUCCAUAGAAAUCUGGUCAAAUAAAAACAAAAUUUCUACUUUUGGAAAUCCUUAUUCAAUAUUAUACAGAUUUUUACAAUGGAAAUCUGAACAUGUCUUCCAGCCUGCAUACUUACUUGUCUUCAAGAAACAAAUUCAUUUUAAAGGAGCCGUACUACCUGGAAAAAUAUGUUAUAAGAACGAGGACGCAGGAGUUGCUCUGCAAGUUGAGGGUUCAUCUUUGGAGUCAUAUGCUGUCAGUAUCGUGCAGUUGCUUAGCCUUCAUAUGGGAUUGAGUUUUGACAAUACUGAUACCUGCUAUUGUUCAGGAGAUGUUUGCACAAUGUCACCAGAAGCAAUGCACUCUCGGGGUGUAAAGGAUUUUAGUACCUGUAGCUUGGAUGAGUUUAAACAUUUUGCUUCAAAUUCUAGUCUUGAAUGUCUUCGUAACAGCCUUCCUAUUAAGCCAGUUUACAAAAGAAAAAAGUUUGUUUGUGGCAAUGGAAUAUUGGAAAAAGGUGAACAAUGUGAUUGUGGCCUUGCAAAGAAUUGUACCCAUAAAAAAUGCUGUGAUCCCACAUCAUGUCGAUUCAAAGGUAGGGUAGUCUGUGGUUCCGGGGAAUGCUGCACACAAAGCUGCAAGCUAAAACCAGGUGGUAACAUUUGUAGGAAACAAUAUGAUGAAGAUUGUGAUUUUCUUGAGUAUUGCAAUGGGAUUGACCCACAUUGUGUGCCUGACACUUUUAAACGUGAUGGGGAAUAUUGUAAUGGAAAUGAAUCCUUCUGUUAUAAAGGGCAAUGUCGGAUGUUUGAUAAACAGUGUAGAGAUUUAAUUGGAGGAGCUGCUAGAGGUGGUCAAUUUGCUUGUUAUGAUGAGAUAAAUUCAAGAGGAGAUAGAUAUGGAAACUGUGGAAAAAAUUAUUGUUCUUUUCCUCAUGUCAUGUGUGGAAAAUUAGUUUGUGCCUGGCCACAUAAAGCAAUAGUAUCAAAAGCAAAUUUAUCUGUGAUUUACACACAAAUACGAAAUGAAAUAUGUGUGUCUACAUUUCUAAGCUCGGACAGGAUACCUGCCAAUGACAUAACAACAGUAAAUACACCUGAAGAUAGAGAUAAAACAUUUACAGAAGAUGGCACUUCGUGUGGUCCUGAUAUGUAUUGUAUCAACUUUACCUGUAGAGAGAUUAGACACAUGGUUGAUUAUUCUGCAUGCAACAAUACUAGAGACUGUAAUGACAAGGGAAUUUGCAACAAUUUCCAGCAUUGCCAUUGUGACAAAGGGUUUGCUCCUCCUUAUUGCAAACCACAAAAAAAUGCAUUUGGAAGUCAGGAUGAUGGGCACAUAUAUGCUGGUGGUAAAAAUUCAUUGGCCCAAAGAUCUGCUUCUUCAAAACGCAGAAUUCAACUCAUUUUCUACAUUUCUUUACCUAUGUUUGUCAUUAUUGCUGCUGUUUUAAUAAAGCAGGAUAAAAUAAGAGAUCUAUGCUACAGAGGUGAAACCGGAAGUGAAAGGUCUGUGUCAGUAGAAGACAGCAUUAACAGCAAAUUAUCCUCAACUGUAAGACUUAAUGAUAAAGGAAAUUCCCCAUGA